ACUUGAUUUGCGCAGACGGAUGCGCUCCAGACGCAUUACCAUCCCAGCCGUCAUCUGUAAUGGUUUGGUCAGUGUGAUUGUGCGGAUUUUCAGCGAUUUUACAGGAAAAUACGCGGAAAUAUCGAGUGACUGCAGUCGAAAUCGACUCCUUAGGAUGUAGUUCGUGGAAGGUCAGUAGUUCCGAACCAAUUGGCUUCAGCGGUCGUGCAUUCACCAAUUUGUACGCAACAGAACAGAGUAUGCAUUCGCCAUUUUGUCCGCAACCAGAACGAGUUGGGUGUAAGCAACUGUUGUUUUAAGGUUCGCUCUUCAUUUUCAUCUUGGGAAUACACCGACAGUUUCAUUUGGCAUAAUCUUUGAAUGAUUCUCUGUACAAGUUGAGAAGCAAUGUUUUCAUUUCAUAGGCCCAAAGUGUACCGGUCGCCGACUGGAUGUUGUAUCUGCAAAGCCAAAUCCAGCAGCUCCCGCUUUACCGACAGCAAAAAAUAUGAGGAAGACUUUCUAGAAUGCUUCAAGUUGGCCAGUCCACGACAGGGCGAGAUUUGCAAUGCCUGCGUUCUGUUGGUCAAGCGAUGGAAAAAAUUGCCUGCCGGGUCUGGACGUCACUGGCAACAUGUGGUGGAUGCUCGAGCCGGCCCUGGAAUGAAAUCGUUCACCAAAUUCAAGACCAAGAAGAAAAAGCUGGCCGACAAGAUGAAGAAGAUGCAAUUUGAAAGGGAAUACAGUCCGGCGCUUUCGGACAAGAGCGACACCGCUGAAGCCACUGAAGAGAUGGAUAUCGCUGAGAUGGAUUGCCUGUCGGAAGACGGGCCUAGAAGCUUUAACUCGUCGAGAAACAACAGUCCGGGCAUCAGCGACAAUGAGGAGACGAUAGUGCGGGGAGCCGUGGGGCGAAGGUGUAAAGCCAAGCCGAGAAGACGCGCACCGCUUGAGGAGAAUGUUGAAGAUUACAUUGACCCGGAAUACUGGACAAAGGAGACGAUUUGCUGUGGAUCAUUCUACCGCGGCCGAGGCAACGAGAUGUUAAUGGUGGAAGGCGAGCUGAAGCCCUGCCCAAGUCGGGUGGCCUUGUGCAAAGCCAAAGCGCUGGCUCAGAAGACAGCGACUGUUCGCGAGCCGAGCGUCAAGAGCGCGUUCAGCGACAGCAGUUCUGAUUCCGGUUACGAUGACUCGUCGAAUCAGGGCCUUACGAUGUCGCCAAUUGAGCACAGCAAUCGGCUUAGCGAGUCGGCGAGUCUCGCAACGAUCGAAGAGGAAACGGUCAAGCCGCAAGGGUUGGAUUUGAUGUGUCACGAGACGAUUUUCACUGAUGUUAGCGAAGUGGUGCAUUCGGACGUUGAGAUGGCGGAGAGCAGUGAUUUAGGGACUAUUCCGCAGUAAUACGCGUCCUCUAGUUUAUUUUAGUUUAGUGUCACUUAAUAGGUUUUAUUUGUUGCUGCCUGACGAUUAUGAGGUUUGUGCUGUUCUUGUGCGUCGGCUGGUGAAAUAGUUGGGGAGGGAAGGAGUCAAGGGCACGAAUUUCUUGAAAACCACUUACUAGAGGGCUCUAGCGAGCGCCUUUCAAGCAAGGAUAGUAUAAAUGUGUUCUAACCAACAGUACAAAAUAAUUAAUAAGAUAAUUGCUGGAUGUCACACUGUCGCCGCUCUGAGCUAGCAAGUUCAAGUGGCGGCACGGUGAACAGCUCAGCAAUUGUUCGACUGAUUGCUGUCUGUUUUCUGACGGUGAAACUAUAAUAAUGAAAUUCGUAUUAGACAAGUUGGGUCCAAGUGUUCCAUGACGUGGCACGAGUUGUUCACCAUUAGCAAUACGACGUUUCCCCAUAGUCAUUCAUAUCCGCCAUCAGGUGUCUUGUCCGUGAUCUAUCUACUGCCAGCGUUCUCACGUGUUUCGUCCCUCAUAUUAUGGAAUUGUUUAUCAAUUAAAAUUGUGUUGAAAGUUAGACUGUUGAUUGAGGAUGUGCAAUACGAGUCGAAAUUGCCGAGCCAGACCUGAUUUUGUUCAUCAUUCCCUGAUCAUUUCUCAAAUUGCGCCAGCAGGGCGGUUUUGAUUUGGUUCUGAGCGUCUUCCUGGCAUUCGCCAAAUGCGCCUGAGCAAGACGUUGUUGGAAGGAACAAAGGCUUGCUUCGGCUUCUUCCAGGUAGGCGCCAGGAAGUUGGACUAAUCAAAGCCUCCCUGUGCCCAAAACUGAAUAGUUGAAGACUGCAAGACUUGACUAGUCCUAGCGUGUACCACCAUGUAGGAUAAAUGAAUUAAUCCGUGGAGAAUCUCCUACCGUUCAAAAUCCUAACUAUGCUUAAGUCAGUAAAUGCAAUAUGCUGUUUGAUCUCAGUGGCCCCACUUUGUCGGCGGGGCCCGAAUUACAUAAAAUCGAUGAUUAAAGGAAAGCGUACACUGCGACUUCACAAGCUAGUUCGUAAUGAAGUAUUACUAUUAUGGAAUUUUUAUGUAAAUCAUUAUUUUUUAAUGCGAGAUAUUAUGUAUUUAUGUAAUUUCUAUUAGUUUUAAGGAUAGCCCUAUAAUAUAUAUACAUAUUAAAUUAUUUUGGUUGAACUGUUAGGAGUGUAGGCAAGCGCGCGCGCUGGGGUUGUUCCGAAAAGCCAAGUCGGGUAUUUUUGUAAAUCGUUCGAUAUAUGUAUUAGGACGUAGAUGGCGAAAUUCGAAAAUUUUAUCUUGAAACUGUAGAGUUUGCUCGGGUUUUGCUUUCAAUUUUGGGUCUUUUCUAAAUUACUGUAUAACGUAUGAGUUUAUCUGCACGGGAACAUUUAUGUGAGGAUGGUUUGGGAGAGAAACGAACCGAUUUUAUGUAACAGUUAACCCGAAAUCAGCCAGACAUUUUCAUUGAUUCAGGCCGUUUUCGGUGAAAUUUAAACGCGUGAACUCAAUCAAUUGCUCUUUUUGUUUCAAUCCCCAAACCGGGCUCGGAUGAACUUUUCCCUGUGGGUUUUUUUUUUCACUGUAUCAUUGUCGAUCGGAAUGUCUGGCCGGGUUAAUGGUUUGGGAGAGAGAAACCUACAGAUUUUAUGUAACGUUUGACCCGAAAUCGGCCAGAUAUUUCGAUUGAUGUGAACUUUUGCUGAAACAAAGUAUGUUGUUGGAAAUUUCGGCGCGAAAUCCGAACCAAUUGGAGCAAACCAACACUGGGAACGAGCUCUUGCAUGCAAAAGUGCUGUUUUAUUCGCUUAAAUCUUAAAGUAAACUGGACAGUUUCAAGCAAUGGCCGCGAAAGCCUCUGUUGAAUCUUACCUUGUUGGGCAUUUGCUUUUUGUUUGCUACAAUUCCCAUUAAGUCCAAUUUUACAGUAAACAGCAACAACAAGAAACCAUUGCUUCAUGUCUAUUUAGUGUUUUAGUAGUUUUUUGCGAUUGGUCGAUUGCAUUAUUAGGCCAACUGAUUUUUAAAAUUGACUCAAUUGUUUCCUUAAUGGUUAUAGAUCAAAUAAUAAACGAGUUUUUACCAGA